UAGACAGGAAAGAGGUAGUGAAUGAAUGUCCUGCGUUGCUUUAAGGAAAGCGUUAAGUAUUUGAAUAAUACAGUUUGAAAACAUCUACAUACAAUAUUUCACAUUUUAUCUUGACAUCAACACAUUACAUCUACAUGGAGCAUCGACAGGAAACGUACGGAAAAUAUAAAGAGAAAAGUUAUAUUACAGAAAACAUGUAUAGAAAACAUAUAGAAAGCAUAUUGUAAGCACCUAAAGAAAUCGCCUGUUGUGAAUUUUUACAGAAAACAACCCAAGUAAACUUUUAUAUUAAACGUUUAUUGUUAUAAACAUCUAUAGUAAACUUUGAGAGAAAAUAUUUGAGCGUGAUUUGAGGGAGGUUUGGAUGCUAUACUUAGCAUUUCUAAUGUCAACACAAAGUUUCCCUCGUUAGUUUUUUUCACUGAUUAUCUUUCAAGUGUACAUGACUUUGUUGUUCAUGUAAAUCUCCUCACGGUCCCAGGGAAGGAUAAAAAGUUGCAAAAUGAAGAAGUUACCUUCAAAUAUUAGAACAAUUUUCCCAGCAUUGGCUUCUAAUCUCAAUGAUAUAGACAGUGGAGAAGCAGGCCAUGAAGAUUUACAGUCAUUAAAAUCGAGGAGAAAGCGUAUGUGGCUUAUCGGAGCCCUUAGCUUUAUGGCAAUGGAAGAUCUUUCUGAGAAGGUGAAAGAAACGGAAAAGCGGAACCGGUUUUUGUCCACUGAAACGAGCAUGUUUGAGAAAUAUCUGGAAGACAAGUUGCAUGCAAGUGGUAGUGGUGUUAGCAAUGAAUCAAGUUCUGUUUUUGGUUCACAGACAGUAGCAAAAUCUCAGCCACCAUCACCGGCACCAUUUGCCCCUGGUAUUAUCGGUGUAGCUAGGAAAGUAAGCAAUUUGACUACAGAGCAGAAACUACUAGUUGCUCGGUAUUACAUCAUGGCUUUGAAAGAAGAAUUAAAAUUGUCGAAAAAAACAUCACAGCAUUUUAUCGCUUUGAACCUUGCUUUGCUUGAAAACUACAACGAGACUUUAGCUGAAAUUCCGUUAGAGAGACGAGAACUGGAAAUGGAAUUCGGUAUUUUGGUUAAAGAGAAUGGCAAAAUUCCUUUUCUGCGUAAAUGGCAAAAAUACGUCGCCACGAAGGAUACAAAACGGGAAAGUCUAAUUUGUUUAAUUAAACUACGAAAUAUUAGUCUUGUAAAUAAAAUUAAAAAACAAAUAAUGAUUAAAAAAUAUCGAGACGAAGUUGAUCCUAUUGAAUUCUAUAGCAAAUGGACGGAAAAAAAGACACUUAUUGAAGAAAUUCAUAGUCUUAACAAACAAAAAUCCCGUCUAAGAAGAGCUCUUGUACCCAUUGAAAGAUACACUUACGAGAAAAAGCAAGAACUAGAAAAUGACGUGAAGCAAGGUGAAGAAUUUCGUCAGAGAAUUCUGCGAGAAAACCACAGUUUGGUCUACCUAUUAAACAAACAGCAAAAUGAUGAAGUAGGAGAAAAAUAUGAAAAGGUUAAAAACGAAAGAUUGAAAGCGCUUUAUGAGAACUACCGAGUACCGUCCAUAUUGGAAUAUAUUAUUUUAGUAAAAGACAAUAAAGAGUGGCGAGAACUCAUUGAGAAAUGGAAACAAAAGGCGCAAUGCCAGCAAUUUUGAGGAGACGAGUUAGUCAAUAGCAUCGACGUCUGUAUUUCAUUACUGCUAUGUUUUAUCAGACACCGAAAAGAUUAAUGAUGAUCGCAGCAAAAUUCGAAGCCAGAACGUAAACAGCUGUAAGAAACGAACACGGCAUUUUUGUCCUACGAUCAAACAAUUAGAAGUUCAUUGCUCCGACCCCGCUGAAAUAAUCCUUUCUGUUAAAGGCAAAUAAAUUUUUUUUUUCUAAAGAAACGGGAAAUUUGAUGGGAGGUGGAUAGUCCGGGUUCAGUCCCCACUGCGUGACACCUUGGGCAAGUGUCUUCCACUAUAGCCCGUCGUAUAUAUGUAUAUAUAGAUAUGUAUGCGUGUUUGUGUGUCUGUGUCUGUGUUUGUCCCCCCCAACUUCGCUUGACAACCAAUUCUGGUGUGUUUACGUCCCUGUAACUUAGCGGUUCGGCAAAAAGGAGCCGAUAGAAUAAGUACUAGGCUUACAAAGAAUAAGUCCUGGGGACCGUUUUUCUCGACUAAAGGCAGUGCUCCAGCAUGACCGCAUUCAAAUGACUGAAACAAGUAAAAGAGUAAAGAGUAAGAGAAUUAAAUAUGACAACAUUAAUGUAUUUUAGCUGUCUUAAUCCUCCAUGCAUUAAACAUGUUAAUCGUAACUUAUUUCUUUUUUUUUUGUUCGUAAUACUUUCGUAUAUUAAACGUGUGUUCGAUACAACAUCGUUCGCCACUAGGCCUUCUUCACAGUCCCACACAGGUCGGAUUACGGAAGAUUUCUUAUAGAAUUUAUUUCGUUUUUGUGUUUGAUUUGCGAAAUUCUUAAUGUGAACUCUUGUAUCGAAGCAGAUUUUGUUCUACCUCGGGAGGGUAUUAGUGCCAAUGUAGAGGCGCAAUGGCCCAGUGGUUAGGGCAGCGGACUCGCGGUCAUAGGAUCGCGGUUUCGUUUCCCAGACCGGGUGUUGUGAGUGUUUAUUGAGCAGAAACACCUAAAGCUCCACGAGGCUCCGGCAGGGGAUGGUGGCGAACCCUGCUGUACUCUUCCACCACAACUUUCUCCCACUCUUACUUCUUGUUUCUGUUGUACCUGUAAUUCAAAGGGGUCAGCCUUGUCACACUCUGUGUCACGCUGAAUAUCCCCCGAGAACUACGUUAAGGGUACACGUGUCUGUGGAGUGCUCAGCCACUUGCACGUUAAUUUCACGAGCAGGCUCUUCCGUUGAUCGGAUCAACUGGAACCCUCGACGUCGUAAGCGACAGAGUGCCAACAACAACAAUUAGUGCCAAUAAGAAACACAUUCACUGGCUGCAUUUCACUUCUUUAGUAUUUGUUAGUUGGUUAGCUAUUUAACCGUCUAGCUAAUCGAUUGUUCGAUUAAUCAUUCGUUUAAUCCCUCAGUCACUUACGUUAGUCAAAGUCUUUUCUUUGCCAUUCAUGACCUCUUGAAUGACAUGCCCUCUCUACUUCAGGUAGGCUUCAGGUAUGUCAUUGAAGAAAUCGCGAAUGGCAACGAAAAGACGUUGACAAAAAUAACUGAUUGAUUGUUUAACCGAAUGAUUAGUCAAACAAUCAAUUAGUUAGUAGAUUAAAUAGCUAAUUAACUGACAAAUAAUAAUAAAGAAGUGAAAUAGAACCAGUGCGUAUGUUUAUUAUUGAUAUAAUGACCCUCCCAAGAUACAACAAAAUUAAAGAAUUAUAUGAAAAAAUUUCGUCUGCAUAAGGUUAUACUUUCCAUCGUUCGAUUUAGUAACUUAUUGUGUUCUACAUUCAUUUUUUUUUCUUUUUUGUUACCUGUAUACACACACACACACACACACACACACACACACACACACACACACACACACACAUAUAUAUAGAGAGAUAGAUAGAUAGAUAGAUAGAUAGAUAGAUAGAUAGAUAGAUAGAUAGAUAGAUUGGCUUCCAGUGUAGUUUAAGAUCAGUGUCUCUAGACCUUUCACUCCAACAUGUUUCGCUGAUAAUGGAAAUUAACAGCAUAGUUGCCAAACGCGAGAAAUGAAAUUUAGAAAAGUCCCGCUAGGAUUUCUGUAACCGAUAUAUCCCUCUACUCACUGGAAAUACAGGUGUUAACCUCCUUUUCUACUACGAUAAGGAAUAUUCUCUUUACUGGGUAUUUAAGAAAAUUAAGUUUAACAUAGUAGCUAUGGUCAUAAAAACUAUGACACUGUUCGGAGUCAAUGAAUAAAUCUUAAACGAUAUUUACGAGUGUUACGUAAUCUCUGGCGAUUUGAUAAUAUAGUUUGCUCAUAAGAUUUUCUUUAUACAACGGAUACUAUAAUUAUUGUUAAUGAAAUACGUGUAAGAUGACUAAAUAAAUAUGAACUGAAUCUCCUGA